ACUCGGGUUGCUGCCACCGGUACCCGUCUUCUGGAGCUUGAAUUGGAAGCAGAGUAGUCUCGGUGAUGGCAGGUUUGCCUCCUGAAGUAGCCGCAGCGCUUUAACAUCCGUUCCGCCCCCCCUUUGAGCUCGGAAAUUCUGGAAGUCAGGAAAACAGCUAUCAGCUUUUGCCAAAAUGUCAGGAAUUGGAAAUAAAAGAGCAGCUGGAGAACCUGGCACUUCUGUGCCUCCAGAAAAGAAGACAGCUGUUGAAGAUGCAGGGACCACAGUGGAAACAAUUAAGCUGGGAGGUGUCUCUUCAACGGAGGAGUUAGACAUUCGAACAUUGCAAACCAAAAAUCGCAAGCUGGCAGAAAUGCUGGAUCAGAGGCAGGCCAUUGAAGAUGAACUCCGUGAGCACAUUGAGAAACUGGAACGACGACAGGCCACUGAUGAUGCCUCACUACUGAUUGUCAACCGGUACUGGAGUCAGUUUGAUGAAAACAUCCGUAUCAUCCUUAAACGUUACGAUCUGGAGCAGGGUUUGGGAGACCUACUCACAGAGAGAAAAGCCCUUGUUGUGCCUGAACCAGAACCAGACUCUGAUAGCAAUCAGGAACGUAAAGAUGACCGAGAGAGAGGGGAAGGGCAAGAGCCAGCUUUCUCUUUCCUUGCUACUUUGGCCAGCAGUUCCAGUGAGGAAAUGGAAUCUCAGCUGCAGGAGCGUGUGGAGUCUUCCCGCCGAGCUGUGUCCCAGAUUGUGACUGUUUAUGAUAAAUUACAAGAAAAAGUGGAGCUUUUAUCUCGGAAGCUAAACAGUGGAGAUAAUCUGAUAGUGGAGGAAGCAGUGCAAGAGCUGAAUUCCUUCCUUGGACAAGAGAACAUGAGGCUGCAGGAAUUGACAGACCUCCUUCAGGAGAAGCAUCACACCAUGUCUCAGGAGUUCUCUAAGUUGCAGAGUAAAGUGGAGACAGCUGAGUCACGGGUAUCUGUCUUGGAGUCCAUGAUAGAUGACUUGCAGUGGGAUAUUGACAAAAUUCGAAAGAGGGAACAGCGACUCAAUCGACACCUGGCAGAAGUCCUGGAACGGGUGAAUUCGAAAGGUUAUAAGGUGUAUGGAGCAGGGAGCAGUCUAUAUGGUGGCACAAUCACUAUCAACGCCCGGAAGUUUGAGGAAAUGAAUGCAGAGCUUGAGGAGAACAAAGAGCUGGCUCAAAACCGUCACUGUGAACUGGAAAAACUUCGCCAAGACUUUGAGGAGGUCACUACCCAAAAUGAAAAGCUGAAGGUGGAAUUGCGAAGUGCUGUGGAGGAAGUGGUUAAGGAAACUCCAGAAUAUCGCUGCAUGCAGUCGCAGUUCUCUGUCCUGUAUAAUGAGAGCCUGCAGUUGAAAGCACACUUGGAUGAGGCCCGGACCCUGCUUCAUGGCACCAGAGGAACCCACCAGCGCCAAGUUGAGCUCAUUGAGCGAGAUGAAGUCAGCCUUCAUAAGAAGCUAAGGACUGAAGUGAUCCAGCUAGAAGAUACGCUGGCCCAGGUCCGCAAGGAGUAUGAAAUGCUGAGGAUAGAAUUUGAGCAGACUCUUGCUGCCAAUGAACAAGCAGGCCCUAUAAACCGGGAGAUGCGCCACCUCAUCAGUAGCCUCCAGAAUCAUAAUCACCAGCUGAAAGGUGAGGUGCUAAGGUAUAAGCGGAAAUUGAGAGAAGCCCAGUCGGACCUGAACAAGACACGUCUGCGGAGUGGCAGUGCCCUCCUGCAGUCUCAGUCUAGUACUGAGGACUCUAAGGAUGAACCUGCAGAGCUAAAACAGGACUCUGAGGACUCAGCUACCCAAUCCUCAGCAUCAAAAUCUUCUCAGGAGGAUGUCAAUGAGAUUAAGUCCAAACGGGAUGAGGAGGAGCGAGAACGAGAAAGGAGAGAGAAAGAGAGGGAGCGAGAAAGAGAGCGGGAGAAGGAAAAGGAGAGAGAACGAGAAAAGCAGAAACUAAAAGAAUCAGAAAAAGAGAGAGAUUCUGCUAAGGAUAAAGAGAAAGGGAAACACGAUGAUGUAAGGAAAAAGGAAGCGGAAAUUAUCAAACAGUUGAAGAUUGAACUCAAGAAGGCACAGGAGAGCCAGAAGGAGAUGAAGCUGCUGCUAGACAUGUACCGCUCUGCCCCAAAGGAACAGAGAGAUAAAGUUCAGCUGAUGGCAGCCGAGAAGAAGUCCAAGGCAGAGUUGGAAGAUCUAAGGCAAAGACUCAAGGAUCUAGAGGAUAAGGAGAAGAAAGAGAACAAGAAAAUGGCCGAUGAGGAUGCCCUGAGGAAGAUCCGGGCAGUGGAGGAGCAGAUAGAAUACCUGCAGAAGAAGCUGGCCAUGGCCAAGCAGGAGGAAGAAGCUCUCCUCUCUGAGAUGGAUGUUACAGGUCAGGCCUUUGAAGAUAUGCAGGAGCAAAACAUCCGUUUGAUGCAGCAGUUACGGGAGAAGGAUGAUGCCAAUUUCAAGCUCAUGUCAGAGCGUAUCAAGUCCAAUCAGAUCCAUAAGUUGCUUAAAGAAGAGAAAGAGGAGCUGGCAGACCAGGUUUUGACUCUGAAGACUCAGGUUGAUGCCCAAUUACAAGUAGUAAGGAAACUAGAAGAGAAGGAGCAUCUGUUACAGAGCAACAUUGGCACAGGGGAGAAGGAGCUGGGUCUUAGAACUCAAGCCUUAGAGAUGAACAAACGCAAGGCAAUGGAGGCAGCCCAGCUUGCAGAUGACCUCAAAGCACAGUUGGAGUUGGCUCAGAAGAAGCUACAUGAUUUUCAGGAUGAGAUUGUGGAGAACAGUGUCACCAAAGAAAAGGACAUGUUCAAUUUCAAACGAGCUCAGGAGGACAUCUCUAGACUUCGAAGGAAACUUGAGACCACAAAGAAACCAGACAAUGUACCCAAAUGUGAUGAGAUUCUGAUGGAGGAGAUUAAGGAUUACAAGGCACGUCUGACCUGUCCAUGCUGCAACAUGCGUAAAAAGGAUGCUGUACUUACCAAGUGUUUUCAUGUGUUCUGCUUUGAGUGUGUGAAGACACGCUAUGACACCCGCCAGCGCAAAUGUCCCAAGUGUAAUGCUGCUUUUGGUGCCAAUGAUUUCCAUCGCAUCUACAUUGGUUGAACCAAGUUAUGAGAAGAGAAGCUGACUAGACAGGCACUUAUUCAUUAACCACCAGACCUCUACCUCUUCUCUCCUUGACAGUUUGUCAACUACGUUUCCUCUAUAGACUUUAUGUCAAGCUCUCCUCUCCAAUAGCUAGAUGACUUCAGGGGACAGGACUGGUAAAUGCAAGUCUUGGGUUUUAGAAUGAAUUAGAAACAAACAAUUCUUAUUUUUCGUCGCUACCAGCUUUGUUUAUUUCCGGCUUUUAGACUUUUCAACAUUUUCUUCUUCAGGCCCAUCAUUCCUCCUGAAGAAGUUACGUUGGUAUUUUUUUGACAUGGAAAGGGAACAAAGUGGAAACAACACUAUUUUGGGGGAGUGAUCUUUUAGAAGUAAGCUAUCUAUGGGCACAAACUUUUCUUGAUUUGGGUAGUAUACUUUUUGUAAACUUAGAUUAUAAAAUAGUAUAGUUGUACUACUCUUUCCUGGAUGGUUUGAAGCCUUAAUGAAAUUAUGUCCAGGAUAAUUCAAUCCAUUUCCCCUUUACUAGCAAAGUAACUUUUAAGGUCAGCUGGCUUCCUUGUUGAAGUUAUUUAAGUUUUGAAUUCAGCUACUUGACGUCUUUGAAUUUCUUGAGGCCAGAAUAAUGUCAAAUGAUAUAACACCCUUUGUCUUCUGAUGAAAUCAAGAUUGGAGAGGAUUGGGGGGAGGGUGCAAAACUAAGAAGGUGAAGAGAUUUUUCUGGGUGCUCUUGGAACCCAACACAGAGAGGCCUCGGGGAGCCAUGAAUUACUCUCAUCCUCUUCUCCACAGGGGUUCUUGCAAUCCCUGUUUUCCAGAAGAUCCUCUGUAAUGUUUUGUGGGACUUUAUACUGCACAAGCUUCAAUUAAAGCAGGACUCAGUUUGCA